AUGUGGUUCGGAAAGGAUAUCAGGAUUGAAGAGGAUAUGUCAGAGGCGGUGGAAGGUGGUGCAGCGUUAGCGUGGCGCUUGCUCGCGACGCUAGAAGGUGGCUCCAUACUCCUCGCCACCUCUGCUCUCCUGGCUUACACGGUCCGAAAGAAGAUCGCAGCACAACACCGAACGGGGAGGGACAUACGACGCGUUUUGGUAACAAACACGACUAACUUAUUAGGAAGAGAACUGAAAAGGCGAUUGGAGAAACGUGGUUGUGUCGUAGCCACAAUAGACCAGAUCGAGGACAGCGAGGUGGUUAGCGAUCUGAGGGAUCCUGCUACGAGCCAGGCUAAAGUCGACGCUAUUGUGGUCGUAGGCGCAGAACCAAAGGCUGAUGGCCUAGACGGCAUGGCCAGACUCGUCACUGAAGACGUUUACGAUAAUCUAAAGCUAUUAGAAUCACUAUCGUGGUGUGUCCACCGCGGCGGUCGCAUCGCGUGGGCGUGUGCGGGCGACACGGCUGGAGCCUUCAGCGACGCCGGCGCAGCGUUUGACACGGUCCUGUGGGCCAGUCUGAAACAUGUAGCUAAAGUUUGUCAAUGCGAACCUAUCUGGGUAGGUCGGUGUGAGGCAGCGGAGCAGGCGGCGGAGCGAGUGGUGGCCGCCCUCACCUGCCGCCACCCUCCGCGCACUACUAGGUUCUCUGUCAGAAAUGCCGCUCACCGAGUCGGGGAACGUCUGUUCAGAUGGCUGAAGAUAGUGACGUGA